UGUAUGUGCGCGUGUGUGUGUGUGAGGAGAAGCCCCCUCCGCCAGGCAGGCAGGCAGGCAGCACUCUCCAUCUGUACAGGCGCAGUGUGUGCAGCUCGGCUCCGCACUGAAUGGACUAGAUUCCCAGCCACGUAAGAAGCACAGCGGCACCACGGGAGAGAGGAUGUCCUGCUGAAUCAAGGGAUAGGCCUGGGAAAGUCGGCCGGCCGUCCCUUCCUUCCUUCCUUCCUGCCUUCCUUCCUUCCUUCCAGCAGCUUACAGCAGCAGACACACAAGACUGACGACACUUUUUCUUCCAUUGGACUAGACCAAGCGAAAGAGAGAGGACGUCGACUCCCGUACACAAAGAGCUACAUCAGUUUUUUUUUCUCCGGAUGGGGUUUUCUCCUUAUGUGGUAGAUGACAGUCGCCGUGCAUGGAUAUGAUCCUGGGGAACAAGGCCGUGCACUGACCUGGUACUAGUUAGCAAAGGAAGCUAACUAGUCAGCUUUGCACCUGCUAGCCAUCAUUUGUCUGUCGAUAUCGGCUGAAUUCAGCAGCUAUAAUAAGCUUGCAAAACUUGCUUUAUAUAUUUUUGCUUUCUGUAGUUUUUUUUCUGUGCCUGCAAGCUGUAUCCAAGUAAUUGUUUCCGUUUUAUGAAACGUGCCAUACCAUUAAACCGGCGAGAUAAGCUAGCAAACAAGCUGCGGGUAUAGCUCUUCAUUCAUUGUAAAAAGCUGACUUUUGUAGUCUUUGUUGCAGUUUUAUCGUCGCUGCUCGCACUGCUAAGGUUCAUGAAAUUGCAGCAAAAAGGUUUUCUGUCGACUCGGGUCAGUAAUUAUUCAAUUUUAGCCUGGCCUUAUCUCUUGAAUGGAAAACAAAGGGGGCAAAUGAACAGUUAAACUCUGCAAGAAAAAAAAUCAAAGACCCCUUCUUGUCUUAUGAAAAACAACGAGCCUCUAGCUUUGCCUGUUGAUAGUCUGCAGCAAGUUGGAGUUAAAUCAUUACUUUGUUUUUUUUUUUAAUUUCAUACGAGGUUAAUUUAAGUAUUGGACGAUUUGUGAUAUUGCACUGAGUCUGCAACAAAGUGGUGCCCUAAGUGAGAGGAGGAGGAGUAGAAGAACAAGGAGGAGGAAGGCCCCCGAUUUUGUGGAGCUAUUACACCAUUCCUCAUGAACAUACAGAGGUCAAAUCCAAUUAACAUUUCACGUUAUGGGAGAUCGCGGCACAAAUCGCACGAUUUCGAAGAAUUGUCUUGCUUAAGGACUACAGAGUCUCAUCAGAGUUUCAGUCCCAACCUCGGGUCCCCCAGCCCGCCGGAGACCCCGGACUCCUCGCACUGUAUCUCCCGCAUCGGGGACUACCUUUUGUUGGAGCCACUGGAGGGAGACCACGUUUUUAGAGCCGCCCACCUGCACAGCGGGGAAGAGCUCGUAUGUAAGGUUUUUGACAUUGGUCGAUACCAGGAAUCACUGGCAGCCUACUUUGCCCUGGGCCAGCACCAGCAUAUUAACCAAAUCCUGGAGAUAUUGCUUGGGGAGACGCGAGCCUAUGUGUUCUUCGAGAGAAGUUAUGGCGACAUGCACUCAUUUGUCCGCACGUGCAAGAAGUUGCGGGAGGACGAAGCUGCCAGACUCUUCUAUCAGAUAGCCUCGGCUGUGGCACAUUGCCACGACAACGGACUGGUCCUCCGUGACCUCAAACUGAGGAAGUUUGUCUUCAAGAAUGAGGACAGAAGCCUUGUGAAGCUGGAGAGCCUUGAGGACACAUAUAUCCUGGAUGGUCAUGAUGACUCCCUGUCAGACAAACAUGGCUGCCCAGCCUAUGUCAGUCCUGAGAUCCUCAAUGCCAACGGCAGCUAUUCGGGGAAGGCAGCUGACGUCUGGAGUCUGGGCGUCAUGCUGUAUACCAUCCUCGUGGGGCGCUACCCUUUCCAUGACGUUGAGCCUGGCUCUUUGUUCAGCAAAAUCCGCAGGGGCCACUUCAACAUCCCUGAGACGCUCACACCCAAGGCCAAGUGCCUGAUCCGCUCCAUUCUCCGCCGGGAGCCCGCAGAGCGCCUCACCUCUCGGGAGAUCCUGGAGCAUCCCUGGUUUGCCUCAUCCGGGGCUCUAGGGGGCGCUGCGGUACACGGUAGAGGAGAAAGAGAGCAGGAGCAGAUGGUGCCUGAGGUGAACAUGGAAGAGGAGCUGGAACAGUUCUUCAGCUGAGCAAACACCAAGCACAAACGGACGACUCCGCCACGGUCGGCUCGCCACGCUCACAGCAGAGCCAAAAACAGUAGUUUAGAGAUUAAUAGGUGAACAUUUGUCACUCAUAAUAAAGGUGUUUCCAUCCUGUUUCCUUUUCCACCAUUUCAUGGAAAACCUUGAGCCUGGCAUGACAAAUGGCAUCUAUACCGUCACCUGGUGUUGCACCUCCCAUUCGGGGACGUUGCCACCAGACAUGCAAGUUGCAAACAAUGUAGCAAAUGUUCUUUUGGAUCUGUUUGGUUUGAUGUGGUGCUCAUAACAGUAGACACAUUCACCGUUUUUGACACUAUGGGAAGCAUGAAGGGACAUAUGAACACAGGAAACCAAGGAGAACAAUUCAAGAUGAACUUACAAACUGCAACGCCACACCUUUUUCUUACAGAUUGUGUUUUUUUUUUUUUCGUCAUAGCUUUAGGUGGUACCAAUUUAAAGCCACAGAUCCAGGGUCAGAAAUCACAACCCCAUGUUCUAUUGUUAAACUUAAUACAAGGUGGUUAUCCCUGACCUGGGACCAUUGAGUAAGAAAUGGAGAAGCAUAGGCUUUUUCACAUCAUCAUAAUCAACAUAUUUGACCUCGUCUUUGUUUCAUGGUUAAGUUUUGUUUUUGUCAUCUCACAUUUAUCUCAAAUUUUACAUUAUAAAAAUUCUGACGUAGUCACUUAA